AUGGAGAAUGGUGGGGCAGGGGUGGGGCUUAUCAGCGAUAAGCGCGCUGAAGGAUCGGGUUCAUCUGGUCAAGAAUUGAGGAUCGUCGAUCUUUUGUAUCAUUUCAAGGUGAAGUCCACUAAGACGGGACGGGGCGUCAACCGACACAGCCUCCUCCUUCCCGCCGGCACCAAGGUCGAGGCCGACAAUGGGGAACCACUGGGGCCGUCGGCGGCUGCCGUGUACCGCUGCAACUCUCAGGCGGAGCUACCUCCUAGCUCCAGCUCCCAGCAGGAUUCCCAUUGUGGUUUCCAUUCCAUCAGGAUAGUUGUUCAUACAAUUCUCAUAAAGUCUCAGAGACAUAUUACCAAAAAAUGCCUUCCCGCGCGGACAUCACCUACUUCGGCGCCGGCCCUGCCGCCCUCCCCACCGACGUCCUCGAGACCGCCGCCCAGGCGCUGCUCGACUACCAGGGCACCGGCCUGGGUAUCGCCGAGCACUCUCAUCGCUCCGAGCUUGCGGCCAAGAAUCAUCAACGAGGCCAAGGCCGACCUGGCCACCUACCUCGACUUCUCCCCGGAGCAGUAUGAGGUUCUCUUCAUGCAGGGUGGUGGCACCGGCGAGUUCGCCGCCUCCAUGUACAACCUCGUCGGCGCCUGGGUUUCCCGCCAGCACGCCGCCGUCCAGAAGGAGCUUGGCGAGGGUGCUGCCGACGAGGCCGCAGUGCUUGCCGCCCUUCGCCAGCGCAUAGAGUCCGGCCUCAAGGUCGACUACAUCGUCACCGGCAGCUGGUCACUCAAGGCCUACCAGGAGGCCCAGCGCCUGCUCGGGCCCGAGUACGUCAACCUGGUGUGCGACGCCCGCACCCUCAGCGACGACGGCAAGAAGUUUGGCAAGAUCCCCGACGAGAGCACCUGGAAGCUCAGCAAGGAUGCCGCUUACGUCUACUUCUGCGACAACGAGACCGUCGACGGCGUCGAGUUCCCCAGCUUCCCCAAGAUCCUUGAGCCCAAGGAGGACGGCACCGGCGGCCCCAUCGUUGUGGCCGAUAUGUCCUCCAACAUCCUCUCUCGCCGCAUCCCCGUCAGCAACUACUCCCUCCUCUUUUUCGGCGCCCAGAAGAACCUCGGCUCGACCGGUAUCGCUGUGGCCAUCCUCAAGAAGACCUUCCUCCCGCCUACUCUCAGCCAGCCUAGCCCGGCUCUGCUCAGGAAACUCGCCCUGCCUAUCCCUCCUAUCGUUCUUCAGUAUGAGAUUAUCGCCAAGAACAACAGCUUGUACAACACGCUGAGCAUCUUUGAUGUCUACAUCGCCGGCCAGGUCCUCAAGAAGCUCCUCGCCACUUACCCCAACGGUGUUGAUGGCCAGCAGGCCGUUGCCGAGAAGAAGGCCGAGCUCAUCUACGCGGCCUUGGAAGCUCACCCCGAGGCUUACAAGAUUGUUCCUGACAAGUCUGCCCGUUCCAAGAUGAACAUUUGCUUCCGCGUUAUCAAGGGUGGCAACGUCGACGAGGCCGAGAAGGCCUUCCUCAAGGAGUCCACCGCCCUCAACCUGACCGGUCUCAAGGGCCACCGCAGCGUUGGCGGCAUCCGUGCUUCUAACUACAACUCUAUUCCUUUGGAGGGUGCUGAGAAGCUAGCCAAGUUCAUUGACGAGUUUGCCAGGGCUUAA